AUGACCAUGAAUACCAAGCUCCCUCUAAUUCUCUUGUUGUUCUUCCUGGUAGCCUUAUCUGCAUGUUUGGCACUGCCCACACAUGAAACAGAGGUAGACCCUGAGCUCAAAACAUGCAAACACCAGUGCAGACAGCAGCUGCAAUAUAGCGAGAGUGACGAGCGCAGAUGUUUGGAAAGAUGUGAGAGGUAUGAUAGGAUGAAGAAGGAGCGAGAGAGGGAAAUAGAAGAGCAAGUCCGGAGAAGGAAAGAGCAUGAGAUGGAAGAAAAGGGAGGAGGAGGAGAAGAAGAAGGGUAUGAGGAGGAGGAGGAGGAGGAGGAGCAAGAGGGAAAUCAGUUUGUUUUCGGCGAUGAACAAUUUGAGACGAGGGUCGAGACAGAGGAUGGCACAGUUCGGGUUCUCCAGAAGUUUACGGAUAAACUUCGGGGCAUUAAGAAUUUUCGUUUGGCUGUUUUAGAGGCUCGACAACAUAGUUUUGUAUCCCCACAUCACUUCGAUUCUGAGCUCAUUAUCUUCACCGUCGAAGGGCGAGCUACCAUCGGGUUGGUGAAGAGAGACAAAAGGAGAUUCAACCUUCAACCAGGAGACUUCAUGAGGAUACCAUCGGGUACCCCUUUUUACAUUGUCAACAGAGAUGAGAAUGAGAAGCUCCUUCUUGCCCAGCUCCAUAUUACUGUCUCCAUCCCAGGACAUUUUGAGGCAUUUUACGGGCCUGGUGGGCGAGACCCAGAAUCAGUUCUGGGAGCAUUCAGCUGGGACAUACUUGAAGCCGCAUUGAAGGGGCACAAGGGGAGGCUGAAGAAUCUCUUUGAAAGACAAAGGAAGGGAAGCAUUUUCAGAAUAUCCAGAGAUCAAGUGAAGUCACUGAGCAAGGGCUGGGAAGGUCCUAGCCUGUGGCCCUUCGGAGGGCAAGGGAGGGGUCCCUUUAGUCUCUUCCGGAACAGACCCUCUGUUUCCAACGACUACGGUCGUCUUUAUCAAGCAGGUCCUGAAGACCAGAGCGACCUUGAAAACCUCAAUCUCAUGAUCACCUUCGCUAACAUCACCAACGGAUCUAUGUCAGCUCCUAUGUACAACUCAAAAGCAAUCAAGAUAGGCAUGGUAACUAAAGGAAAUGGAGAAUUUCAGAUGGUGACUCCACAUAUUUCGCGAGGACACCGGAAGAGGAAGAGCAGCCAAACAUACCAGAGGGUGAGUAGUGAGUUGAGGCCAGGAGUGGUGUUCGUUGUGCCUGCGGGCCAUCCCUGGGUGACCAUCGCUGCCAGGGAAAGCAAUCUUGAAAUACUCUGCUUUGAGGUUAAUGCACGAGGGAACAUGAGGCUCGCUUUUGCAGGGAAGAGGAACAUAGUGAAAGCGAUGGACAGGCAGGCGAAAGAGCUGGCGUUUAACUGGUCAGCGGAGAAGGUGGACGCCAUAUUUAGCAGGCACGAGGAAUUCUUUUUCCCUGGGCCUCAGAAUUUCGAGGAGGAGGCUGAGGACAUUCCUCGUCGUGCUGACGCCUAA